AUGGUGUUGAAAGUGGAAUUACUUUCCGAAGAGAUGAUGAUCAAGCCAUCAUCACCAACUCCACCUCACCUCAAAACCCUCAAACUAUCCUUUAUUGAUCAAACCUCGCCACCCAUUUUCCAGAAUUACAUCUUUUUCUUCAAUCAUGCUACUGCAGAUUCAUCACAACUGCUGAAGCAAUCUUUAUCGAAGGUCUUGACCCUGUUUUAUCCCUUAGCUGGACGGAUCAAAGGAAACGAUUUCAUUGAUUGUAGUGAUGAUGGCGCGCUGUGGGUUGAAGCUCGCGUUCAUGGCUUCCUCAAAGAUGUGGUUGGAAAUCCAUUAAUGGAGGAAUUGGAAAAGUUUCUUCCCAUAGAGACUCAAAAUAAUGGUAAUAAUGAUAGUGAGUUAUUGCUUGGUGUUCGAGUAAAUUAUUUUCUUGACGGCGGAAUAGCCGUCGCGGUUUGCGUGUCGCACAAGAUCGGCGAUGGACUCUCUCUGAUCAACUUUGUCAAUGCAUGGGCUGUCACCGCCCGAGAAGGAGACGCCGCCGCCGGGAAAAUCCCGCCGCCCAAUUUCGGGUUGGUUUCGUCUCUCUUCCCGCCGACGACGAUGGACCUGUCCCAGUUUGGAUUCUCGCCGACCCUUGGCGUUGCGAGGGAAAAGAUCGUCACCCGGCGCGUGGUGUUCGACAAAGAAAAGCUGGCAGCUCUGAAGAAAUCUGCGGCGGCCGAGUCGUCGAGAGUGGGAAACCCCACUCGCGUGGAGGCCCUCUCCGCAUUCAUGUGGAAGCAGUUCAGGGAGGCUAGUAGAAAAAAAUCCCAACACGGCGCCGUGAAGAAAUCAUUCCGGGCCACCCAGAAUGUGAACCUCCGUGCGAGGAUGAAUCCGCCGCUCCCGGAUGCGACGUUCGGGAAUCUAUGGAAUCUCGCAAAUACUACAACAAGCCCAGACGAGAACGACGACCUGGUGUUUCAACUGAGAACUUCCAUAAGAGAAAUCAACGCGGAAUACGCGGAAGCUUUGCAGGACGAGACAGGGCAAUUGGAACAUCUCCGUAAAAUGCAUGAACGUUUCAGCCUCGAAGGGGAAGCAGUUAAUGAGUUCUUGGAAUUUUCUAGCGUGUGCAGGUUUCCAUUAUACGAGGUAGAUUUCGGUUGGGGAAGGCCUGUUUGGGCGUGCAUAACAACUCUUCCCUACAAGAAUUUCGUUAUAUUUAUGAGCACCAAAUGUGGGGAUGGGAUUGAAGCUUGGAUUAACAUGCGUGAAGAAGAUGAUGAUAUAUAUAUGGGAGCAGGGAGCUUGACACCCAGGCCAAAACUAUAGUGCAGUGCUACCAAUAAUAUUAUAUUACUAUAUUGUAAUUUGAA